AUGCAGAACACUCAGUCCGACUUUUUGCCAGAGAGUUUCACUGGAUUGCUGGAGAACGACAUCAACGCCAACAUCACUGCUCUGGACAUGCCAUCGGCUCCUGAUGGCUACUACUCAGUCAGCCAAUUUCCUAACGGCCCUGGCUCAUUCAUGUCUGACACUCAAAUGGAUCCAUCGAUCUCGAGAAUGCCAUGUGGAGGGGAAAUGGGCGCAGCUCAACUUACCCUCAAUCACCAAAAUCCCGCAAUGAAUUCACAAAUGGAGAAUCCUCAUGAGGACCUGGACACUUUUCUUGACUUGCCCGCGAUUCCCGACUUGCCUUGGUCCGACAACUUCCUCUUCGACGACAAUUCGGGUUCGGCUCCCGCAACUCAAAUAGAGGGAAGAGAGGAAAAUCCUGAAAGUCCUAGCGAGGGCCAAAGUGCGCCUUCGAGCCCACCCUGCGAAUCCAGCGGGCCGAGCCAGCCAGUCCCAAAGCGCUCCUUGCCGAAAGACGACGAGGAUGCAAAAGCUCACGAGCGUCGGAUCAAGAACCGACAUUCGGCGAAGAAGACUCGAGAGAAAAAGAAAGAUGAACUCGCAGCAAUGACUGCUAAAAUGGCGAGAAUGGAACAGAAACUUCGACGCCAUGAAUUCUUCCACAAAUCGAUCCAUUCAGUGUGCGAUGCAUAUGGUGGAAGUUGCCCGGGCAAUUGCCAGCUAUCUCAAUGCAUCAAGCAACUUUUCGCCCGUGAGGGAAUUAAAAAUCUUCAGCAUUUGGUACGUGAACUAGAGAACAACCAAUAA